AUGCGGCUUGGAUGGGUGGACCCUUCGCUGGGCGGGCGCCUGAGGACUUCAGGAGGAAUUCAGAGUUUGCCAGUCCCAGGGAAUAUGAGCCCCACCGGACAUUACCUUCGGGUCUCCGGUGGGCUUGGCGGGAGCGGGGAGAAGGGGCGGCGGCGCAGCGCUCUCUGCGAUCUGGCUCGGGAAGGCCGCGUCUGUUGCCGGCAGUCCCUUACCGCUCCCCGCACGCCCACCACGCGCUGGGGCGGGGUUCCGGGGCGGGCGAAGGGCGGGAAGCGGGGCGGGUUAUCGAGGUGGAAAAGCAGCGGCUGUCGGCGCAGACGGAGCUCGCACCCCGCGCUGCUGCCGGCGGGGUCUCCUCGUCCGCUUCUGGCUAUGGGGCUGCAGCCCCGGCGCGCCGCGGUGCCCUGUCCGCCGGCAGGGAGAUGCGCUGUCCUGCCCGGAGCGCGCACGGCGGCCACCUGGGCCCACAGCGAGGAGUCGGAGCGAGCUCCCGGCCGCACCACGUCCCUGCCGCCCAUCCUACCGGCCCCUGCUGCUUCUCCUGUCGCUGCUCGGGCACAGCCCAAGAAGCCCCCACAGGCGGCAACCCCCAAAAAGGCAGCCCCCCGGCCCGUGGAGGAUAAGGCAGAAAGGAAGGCCCGGGGGGCGCUCCCGGAGCGGGCGGGCCCCCUCUCCAGCUCCUGGCCCUGCUCCUCUCUACAGCGGCAGCCGCCCCGGAGGCCGCCGGCGGAUCGCGGAGCGCGGCCACAGCCCGCCACGCCGCAACCGCGGGGCCGCCCGGGAGCUCCGGGACCAGGCAGCCGCUCCUGCGAGAGCCUCGGCGGAGCGCAGGGGGAGGCUGCCCUGCGCUUCUCGCUGAGCUUGCCGCCGGAGGCCGUCCGUCUGUUGCAGCGCCGCAGCCAGGAGCGUCAGCGCGGGCAGCCAGCCCCAUCCCCCGGCGGCAGAGCGGCCCCCGCUCGGCGGGGCGCCCGCGCCGGCGGCGGCGACUUGCGCGCUCUGCUGAAGAUUUCGCUGCUUAACGACAGGCACCGCUACGACGAUGAGGAGUAUGAGGAAGAGGAGGCGGCAGCGGGGGCCGCGAUAGAUGAGGGACUGGUGCGGAAGUGUACGGAGUGGCUGCGCGGCGUGGAGACCGCGGCCAGCCGCGACCGCUCUGACAGGCUGGACACGCUGCCGCACCUGGGCACUCUCUGA